AUGCGGAGACAGUGUGAGAGGAACUUGGAGGAUUGUUCCUGGGACCCUAGCCUUGUCUGGUGGAAGGACGGCUAUAGCCUCGAGAUUGAUGACUGGUUGUGUGGAUUGCAUGCAAGAAAGGAGGAGAAAAGAGAAGGAAUGGGGAAGGGCCACGACAUGAGACCAAAAAGUAAUUAUGGUGUCAAAGGGGCAGGGCAGGAUGAAGUCCUCCUCUGCUGCCCUUCCGAAGCCAGUGUCAAGGAGGCUGCCGGGAAGAGGCAAGCGGCCCAGCCUCCAGAUUCCCCGGAACCGGGAAAGUGCUUCUGUCAGCCUCUGGUUUUUCUCGGGACUUCCCAGAAAUUUGGAAUCCGUCCCGCUCCGCCCCGGGGCUGGUCCCAGAGCAAGGGACCAGCGCCGUCAAUAAAUCGGGAACCUCUUCCUGGCCCGGCUGGCACCCGCAGGCGCCAGCCUGAGACCCAGGAGCUUCGGUUCAGCCACCUGAGUACUACAGUCUGUCAGUCCCCUCGUUUCGGACCCGGACAGGAACGUAGUCCCUUCACCAUGCUCACGCUCCUGCUGCUACUGUGGUCGGCCCUGCUCCUGAGGCCGGGGUUGGGGGAUGCUCAGCCGGAGCCCAGAGACAUCCCCCCGGCGCGCUGCCUGCUGCCCCCAGAUGAUGGGCCGUGCCGAGCCCGCCUCCCCAGCUUCUACUAUGAUCGCCACCUGCAGAGCUGCCGCCCCUUCAUCUUCGGGGGCUGCGAGGGCAAUGCCAAUAACUUCGAGACGCCCGAGGACUGUGAGCAGGCGUGUGGGUGGAUUCCGAGAGUUCCCAAAAUAUGCAGGCUGGAAGCCAGUGGAGCAGAGUUUGGGGAGUACCAGGAGCAGCAGUAUUUCUUCAACCUCAGCUCCAUGGCCUGUGAGAAGUUUGUAUUCACUGGUGGUCCUGGCAAUCACAACCGAUUCCCAGACGCUGCCACAUGCAAGGACUUUUGUGCUCCCGUGAAAGCCCCCCAAUUCUGCUAUAGCCCACCAGAUGGAGGGUCUUGCUCAGCAAAUGUGACCCGCUAUUAUUUUAACUGGAAAAGCAAGAUCUGCGAGCCCUUUACCUACACUGGCUGUGGUGGCAACGAAAACAACUUUGUCUCCCUGAGGGACUGUUCCCAUGUCUGUGUAAAAGCCCUGAAGAAAAAGCUAAGAAGGACAGCCAGACUCAGGUUUGCCAAGAAAAAGAUGAGGAUGUACAAGAAGCUCCCCUGAUCAUGCCCCUGUUUGGGACCUCUGGGACUGGGACUGCACCAGCCCCCGUCCUGGACAUGAACUUUGGAAAGGUCGGCACUUGUGUGGCAACAAACGGCAAGAUGGGAGCAAUGAGAUUGGCGGAGCUGCUCUUUUCCUCUGGUUCGGAAGAUGUGAUGUUUUUGUGUGUUGUUGGGUUACCGGCAGCUCUUUGUUAAGGAUCAGCUGCCCGUUGGCUCACUCCUUGGCUGAGCUUUAUGGGGCGUAUUGAAUGAGGGUCAUUUUUCUAUGGUUCUAUUCUCUUCUCAUUUUGGCAGGGGCUGAUUGGGGACUUGGAGCUGCCGCACUCUCAGAAGUUGGCAUGGUCUGAUGAGGGUCUUCAGGCAUGAGGAGAGUUUCAGGCUUUUUGUCUGCAGAAAGGGGAUUUCUGAGGGCGGAGAAGAGACAACCACAGUCUGCGUGACACGCCGUGAACCUGGAGGCGGAGGUCCUUUGUCUGGUCAUGGUUAGGUCCCCGGGGAGCAGGAGCAAUGUCUUCUGGAGUCCUCUGCCCCGCUCAGUGUAGGGCGACUGGGGCUGGGGGAGAGGGGAAGGGAUGGCCGAGAUAGCACCUUUGAGCCUGGUCUGUAGGUCUCUGGGCUUCCUUCCAGUAACCAGCAACCACUCGAGUGCCCAAUACCAGGCACAAAGUACCCACCAGGCACGGCUGGUUAUGCUUGUGACCCUGCUGGGGUCACAUGAAGCAUCCUUGGAGUAUGCUACUUCUAAAGAUGGCUCAAGGUUAGAGAAAACAUUAAGAGUUGGGCUUUUGAGGGCAGGAAAGAUGAGCGUGUUUGCUUUUCUCCAGAUAGAGAAUCCAUUGUCAGAUUUUCCCCUGGGAAACAAGAAGCCAGUUCUGUGGAAGCACCUCUGCCAUCCUCCAUGGGAGUUGGUGCCUCCACCCAUCUACCUUGACCAGGAAGGUUUUCCUCUUCAACCCCUUAUUUCAGAAGCCCAGCAGGGCAGGGGUCAUGUACAUGGUCCCCAUUCACAGAGAUGGCCAACCAGGACCAGGAAGGGAAGGGGCUCGGAUCAUGGGGUCAGGGCCCUGAGGGAUGGAGGGGCUUUGGAUCGCUUCCAAUCCGCCCCCCGCCCAGAAAGCCCAGAUGUACUCCUUUCUGUAUGGUCAUUCCAAGACAAAAUCGGUGACAGUUCUGAGCUCCUCAAGUCUUCUUUUCUCCGUUUUAGGAAUCCCUCCUUUGAGGGGUUAAAUGACCCGACUACACCUUAGUGGUUCCACCUGUGAUGCUCAUUUUCUUUCUAGCAAGAAUCACUCUUGAAUUUAAUACAUGUCUUCAGUAUCACCAAGUUCUUAAUAAAACAUUUAUUUGAAUGAAA